UUCAGGCAAACCGAAUGCCGGACGAGAUCUGAAAGUUGAAUGGUGUGUUGUGAUCCCGGUGUCGAAGUCGUUGAAACGGUCCGACUUCGUUUUUAGUAAAUCGGAGGUGACAAGGUGUAUUUUUACCAAUCAUGUAUAACCCGAUCGACGGCAUUUCAUCCUAGGCUGUAGCCUGAAUUUUAAUUGAUAAUCGACGAGACGAUGAACAUUACGUGCUGCAUUUGUGCCGAGCUUCUUGUACCCUCGGACGAUGUAACUUUCACACCAUGCGGACAUUUCUUUCAUUUUGUAUGCGUUACUCACUGGUUGGAAAGGUCCAAGACUUGCCCGCAAUGCCGAACAAAGGUCACAGAAAAAACAAUCCACAGAGCGUAUUUCAAUUUUUCGAACACAGACACAAAUCGAGAAGAUGUUGGACAGCUUCAUAGUAAAAUUGACAGUUUGAAAUUUGAAAUCAAACUAAAAGAUUUGGAUAUUAAAAAUUGCGGAGAAGAGAAUGCAAAGUUUAAGGCACAAAACACCGGUCUUCGGGCAGAAGUUAAGAAACUUGAAGUUGAAAUCGAGAAACACAGGUCUGCCAUUUACGCCCUUAAGGAGCAAGCCAAAUAUUUGAAAGAAAAAAGCUCUGAUGCUUAUGCGGCUCAGAAAGAAGUUGUUAGGUUGAAAGCAUGUCUUCAACAAUGUCACCAAAUACAAACACUCAUAACUGGUUCACAAGUCGAGGUAGACAAAAUGCUCAGUGAAUCACAUGACAGAGAGUCACUUGUUACAUAUCUUUCCAUAAUGAAACGGGAAAUGAGCUGCAGCUUACAGAGGCGCAAAGAAAUCCGAGAAAGAGUCAGAAAGCUACAAGAAGAACUUCUUGUUGUCAAAUCUGAGCGCAACGAUCUUAUGCGCAAAGAAACCAAAUUCAGACAAUUGGAGGCAAACUUGAGUCAUUGUGAGAAUGAGAAGAAAUCGUUGGAAUUAAAACUCGACGAAAUCAAAAAACAACUUGCUUCCAAUACUACAUUGCGAACCAGCGAAGACAUUCAGCGAUAUAUUGCUGAAAGUCCAGCUCCAGAAAGCAUGAAAGCUUCUAAGAAGCGUGCAACAGUACCUGCUAGCAUCGAAUCCGACGUUGAAACAGAUGAUUCACCAAGUGUCAUCCAAAGUCCAACUCCACGGAAACUAAAGAUAUUGAGAAAGUCAGUGGUAAUACCUGAUACCCCGGAACUCAACCUUAAGGAUGAUUCAUCGAAUGCCGUUCAGAAUCCAACUUCGAGAAGAAUGAAGAUAUUGAGGAAACCAUUGGUAAUAACUGAUACACCUGAAUCCGACGUCACGCCUUCAGUAUGCGGUAAAAAAUCUGACGAUGAGGCAUCGUCGCCAUAUCUACCUGUCAAGUCUCAAGGUGUUGGCGUCUAUUCAAUAUUGAGUCAGAGUAGCAGAGUUAGACCCUCGAGUUCAAGUCUCUCGAUUUUGGCAAAGAAACCAAGACUUGAUCUUUCACAGAAGGGGGCAAAAUCUAAGGAGCUGCAGUACGACGGUUUCGGUGGACAUUCAAAAGUCGAUGAUUUUCCGAGUCCGAUUUUAAAGUGUAAGAAAAAGAAGAAUAACUUGAUGUCAGUCAGAGUAAAACGGUCUAAAACCAGUGACGACAACAAUAAAAAGCUCGAUAAAUUUUUUAUUGACUUAACAUAGGGAGGUCCGAAUAUCUUUUUAACUGUACAUACAUGAACAAGCUGUUUUAACAAUACCAGUGAAGUUAGGAGACUGAAGCAAGAUAUAUAUGUUUCUUAAUCUAUAUUAUUCAAUCUGUACCUAAUAGCGAAUAUGCUUAUAUCAUUUUUUAAUCUCAAUUAUCGGUAUUUAUAUUUAUUUAAUAAGUGAAUUGAACAAAUUUGCGCUACAGGUGAUUCUAAGUUCUUCAACAAUCGUGCGAAUUGCUAACGUAUUCCAAUUAAAUGCAACCCGUGUUUCGUAUAAUACUCCAAGAUUAUUACCCUGGCAUAAUUUGAUAUCUGCCAAAGUUUGUGUUCAGUUAAAAUGCAACCAGUCGGUAAUCCUGGCGGUGGCGUCGUCCUGGUGGCGAUUCUACGAAUCAGAUUCGUCGCACUCAGAAAGUAAGAGGGUCGCAAUAGAACGGGCGGGAGUAAUUAUGAAACGUGAAAAACGACGUUGUUUUGACCCUAGAAAUUAACCCCUCAUUUUCACACAUUGUAUUAUUUACUCUUUACGUAUUCAGAAGU